AACAUUUGUUUUUUUUUGUUGAAAUAAUUUUUUAGAUUUUUUGGAAUUUUUUCAUCGAUUAAGUCUUGUUAUACUACAACAUAAAAGAAUAAAUCAAAUCAGAAACGUCAAAUCAACUAAUUAGUGAAGUUUUAUCAUUUUUCGCUGAGCACCAGUGAAAUUAUUUUUCACCCUUUACAUCGGUCACAGUUUUGCCAAUACAAUAUUUUACUAUAGACCCGAUAUUUCCAUUGAGUGAAUUAGAAUAUCAAAUACAAACCCCUGACAUUCCUGCUGAUAUUUGUACUGAAGGCAACAUGGAGAAAUCAGCUGCUUCAGACAUUGUGAUCGUGUCAGGAAACUCACAUCCCGAACUUGCAGAACUAAUUGCCAAUCGACUGGGUGUAAAAAAUGGUGGGUGUUUUGUUUAUUACAAAACAAACCGUGAGACUAUGGUCGAAAUUGCCGAUUCUGUCCGUGGAAAGGAUAUUUAUAUUAUUCAAACAGGUACUAAAGAUGUAAAUAAUAAUAUAAUGGAAUUAUUGAUCAUGGCUUACGCUUGUAAAACUUCGUCUGCUAAAAACAUCAUCGGUGUCAUUCCUUACUUACCGUAUUCAAAGCAAUGCAAAAUGCGUAAACGCGGCUGCAUUGUUUCCAAAUUACUGGCCAAAAUGAUGUGUAAAAGUGGUCUCACUCACAUCAUUACAAUGGAUCUACAUCAAAAAGAAAUUCAAGGAUUUUUUGAUUGUCCUGUUGAUAACUUGCGUGCUAGUCCAUUCCUCUUGCAAUAUAUUCAAGAAAGUGUACCUGAUUACCGUAACUCUGUGAUAGUUGCGAAAAAUCCAGGAAGCGCUAAAAAAGCUACCAGCUAUGCCGAAAGACUUAGAGUUGGAAUAGCGGUUAUUCAUGGUGAACAACGAGAAUCAGAGUCUGACAUGAAUGAUGGUCGUAAUUCACCACCGACUGUUGUGUUGUCCUCGAGAACUAUGGAAGUUGGUGUUGGUGUACCAUCUCACCCAGCAAAAGAAAAGCCACCAAUCAAUGUUGUUGGUGAUGUCAAUGGUCGUAUCGCGAUCAUGGUCGAUGAUAUGGUAGAUGAUGUUCAAUCAUUUGUUGCUGCUGCUGAGGUUCUGAAAGAACAAGGAGCUAACAAGAUUUAUGUUCUUGCUACACAUGGUUUACUCAGUUCAGAUGCUCCAAGACUCAUCGGCGAGUCACCUAUUGAUGAGGUUGUCGUUACUAAUACUAUUCCACAUGAAAUCCAGAAGAGUCAAUGUUCUAAAAUUAAGACGGUUGACAUAAGUAUUCUUGUAGCAGAAGCAAUUCGCCGUAUUCAUAACAAAGAAUCAAUGUCUUAUCUAUUUAAGAAUGUCACUACCGAAGAUUAAUAAUUUGAUUUAAUAUAAAAUAUUAAGUUAACAGUUAAAAAUUUCGCCACCUUAAAGGAUGGAAAAAUAUAAAAUAACUUUAUUUGAGAUAAAGUGAUGAAAGUUUUAUAAAAUUUAAAAGUAAUAGUCAUAACACAAAAUGGAAAUAUAUACUAAAACAUGUACAACAGUUCCGAGUGAGGGACCAGAUCAGGGUUAUAUAUAUUCCUCAAUUUUUAUAUGAUAUUUUUAUAUAUUUUUUCGAUGAACAAUUGUAAAACAGAGGAAAAAAUGAAUCUUCAAAACGAACUAAUGUUAGAUUUUUUCUUCAAUAAUUUAUAUGAUUAAAUAUUCUA